AUGCUCUCCCCCGCCACCUCUUCCCAGCCUCCCCAAUUCUUCAAUUCAGAGCCUGUUUUGCACCGUUUGACAACAACUUCGAUACCUCUCUUUCGCGGGAGCUUCGCUCGCAACCCCUUUCUCUUCAGCUGCCGCAGCACGCUCUGCGGGUUUCCCGGCGCCUUGUCUGCUCAAGCACCAGCCUCGUCUGGUGUUGGGUACUCAAUAUCUGACACGUUGACUGACCCCAUCCCCGUUUCUUCUCACGACCGUUACGACCAUUACGAAUCACCGCCCUUCUCCGGACGGCGUCCCAGCACCCCCCUACCUUCCGAAUCAAGAAGCGCCAGUUCCAAUCUCUCAACACGCUCUUCGCAGCGUGUUCUUCGCCGGACAUCGCGCUUUAGCGCCAGUCCUUCCCCCAAGGCUGUCGAUCAAGCCUCAACCUCCUCCUCGCAAAGGCGUGUUCAUCUUGCCGCCGUCUCAACUGGUAUAAGUCCACGAUUUGCGCAAGCUACAGAGGAGGAGCCGGUGUUACAGACUCGAAAUCGUUCUCCACCCCGCCCGCCUUCGCAGGUUCUUAGCGACGACCAGGACGAGGAGGCCCGAGAGGACGACCAGUCGUCUGUCGCUCAUCAUUCGUCCCCGCACGCAUCCGCAUUUGGACCUUCCAUCUUACUACGCGAUCAGUCGGCCAUCCAUCCAGCUGUCCGUAUCUCAAAACGGACCCAUAACGCAAUUCUUUUUGCCGCCGAGGCCCUGACGCAUCCCAAUAAGCUUUCUCCUGACUACGAAGAAGAGCAAGCUAUGAUGGCGGAUCUUCUUGUAGAGGGGGGGGCUGGAGACCCCGGCUCCAUUGGCAACGGAAUAUCAUCUGCUAGACCGCAAAUACCCCCAGCACAGACGAAUUCUCCGCGCAGCAAUAUCCGUGGCCCAAGAAUGAUCAUGCAAGAGCGGCAGGAGCGUGAGGCACGACGUGCCGAGCAGGAGAGAUUACAGAGGGCGCAAGCUGAACAAGAUGCCCGUGUACUUGCCGAGCAGAGGCGACAGGUUUCGGAACGAGAGCGUGCGACGGCAGCGGCGGCUACUGCUGCUCCUGAGACCACGACGGCCGGCGCACCUCAGCCGGUCGAUCUGGCCACUCAACGAAGACAAAUGCGAGCACGCGCCGCUAGCGGACAAGGUGGUGCGGCCCAAGCGGUACCACCUCCAUCACAGCCACCAACAGCACCUCAACAGACACAGCCACAACAAAGACCGAUCCGUCUUCCACAGACAUCUCAAGCUCCACCCCCAAUAACGAAUCCAACCAUCCCCCCCGCUUCACAGGCGGUACCGAGUGGCGGACUGCCGCCAACUGCAGGACUGGCUGGGGGUGGCACAGGCGCGGGCGCUGCGCCCCAGGAAGGAGAAGCUACAGGCGGUGGUGCUGCUGGCGGAAGCCGUCCUAGAAACUCAUUUCCGCACGCCUUUGAGCGAUGGGAGGCUUUGUCUGCCCAUUGGGAAGGCCUGACCAGUUUCUGGAUCCGCCAGCUACAGCAGCGGUCCGAGGAAAUUGACCAAGAUCCAUUGUCCCGGCAGCUUGCACGCCAGGUGACGGACCUGUCGGCGGCAGGUGCCAACCUCUUCCAUGCAGUUGUCGAGCUGCAACGGCUGCGCGCUAGCUCAGAGCGCAAGUUUCAGCGCUGGUUCUUCGAAAUGCGAGGAGAGAUGGAACGGAACACCGAACGCCAAGGGAUGCUGGAGGCUGCUCUCCAGGAAGAGCGGCGCGGCCGUGCCGAAGCUAUCCGGGAAGCCGUCGAGAAUGAACGUUCCAACUCCAAGAUACAACGGCAGCUGGCUGAAAUGCGCAAGGAGCUCACGAUUUCCAAAGAAGAAGCCAGACGUGCGUGGGAAGAGCUUGGCCGCCAGGAGCAGGAAGAGCGCGACCGCGUGACAGCGUUGCAAGAAGGACUGCCCACGACUGUGGGUGGGGUGCAGGUCGUGCCCAUGGCCCACGGCGUGCCGGGUCGGCGUCGUGCUAGUAGCAGCGCAACCAGUCACGAGCCUCAAGUAGCAGCCCAGCCUGCGCAGAGCACGCAUCAAUCACCACCACGGGCGCAACAGCAACAGCCGCAACAGCCACAACAGGCGCAGCAGCCGCAGCAGUCGCAACAGGUGCAGCAGGCACAGUUGGCACAGCAGGCACAUCAAGCACAACAGACACAAUUGGCACUCCAAGCCCAAGCGGCACACCAAGCACGACAGGCUGAGCAGGCACGGCAGGCUGAGCAGGCACGGCAGGCUGAACAGGCAUCGCCAGCAACGUCGGCAGUGGAGCUGCUGCCCUCGCAGCAGCACCCAACGCAUUAUCCGGCGCAUGCAGCAACCGGCGGUGAUUAUGCUGAACAGGGAGCAGAGGGUGUCGGUGCAAGUCCGAGAUUUGAGGCGUCGUAUAGCGAAGGAGAGGAAGAAGCUCAGUACGGAACUCCAUCAUCUCUGCCACCGUCAACUACCUAUCCGCCGUCGAGCAAGCAUUAUUAUGCGCCGCAGGCGCCACAGGUACCGGCAGACUACUCGGGGCAAGGACACGGUACUCCGACUUGGGAUACGGUUCCACGCCAUCACCACCCAACACGCCUGAGUGACGUGAUCGAAGAAGACGACGAGCGCAGCCGCACAUCGGCUAGCCAACUCAGCCGCGGCUGA